AAGUCACACGUGCAUCUAACAUGUCUGCCCACCGUGUUGUUAUGUGUUGAAAUGCCAUUAGCUGUUUUGCCAAGUGUUGACGCAGUUUAUAUUUUGCAAACCGUACGCUAAAGUUACCGAGGUUAGUGUAAGAGAGCAUUUAAAGCGUCAACAUGGCGCAGAGAAAGAAGAAACUAACGAAGAAGAAGAGACACACAGCCAGCAGGGAUCCGGACGCUGACUCUGACUGCGGAGACUUUGAGCUGGCUGCUGAAAUUAAGGACGAUGACUCUCCAGGAAGGAAACUCCCGCGGUUCCCGACCACAUCAGACUGCCUGUCAGAUGUGGAGCCAGACACCAGGGAGCUGGUCAGAGCCCAAAACAAGAAGAAGAAGAAGUCUGGAGGCUUUCAGUCCAUGGGUCUCAGUUACCCCGUAUAUAAAGGCGUCAUGAAGAGGGGUUACAAAGUCCCUACUCCGAUCCAAAGAAAGACUAUCCCAGUCAUUUUGGAUGGCAAGGACAUAGUGGCCAUGGCCAGGACUGGCAGCGGUAAGACGGCUGCGUUCCUGGUUCCCAUGUUUGAAAAGCUGAAGGCCCCUCAAGCCCAAACAGGAGCCAGGGCCCUCAUCCUGACUCCCACCAGAGAGUUGGCCCUGCAGACCAUGAAGUUCACAAAAGAGUUGGGGAAAUUCACUGGCCUCAAGACUGCCUUGAUCCUUGGUGGAGACAGAAUGGAUGAUCAGUUUGCUGCUCUUCAUGAGAACCCUGACAUAAUCAUCGGUACCCCUGGUCGUCUCAUGCACGUUAUCAAGGAGAUGAACCUGAAGCUGCAGAAUGUGGAGUAUGUGGUGUUUGAUGAGGCUGACAGGUUGUUUGAGAUGGGUUUUGCUGAGCAGCUUCAGGAGAUCAUCCGAAGGCUUCCAGACAACAGACAGACUCUGCUGUUCUCUGCCACUCUGCCCAAACUGCUGGUGGAGUUUGCCAGAGCGGGGCUGACUGAACCAGUAUUGAUUCGUUUGGACGUGGAUUCAAAACUCAGUGACCAGAUUAAGCUGUCGUUUUUCCAACUGCGUGUCGAUGACAAACAAGCGCUGCUGCUCCACCUGCUGAGGAAUGUAGUGAAGCCUCAGGAGCAGACGGUGGUUUUUGUAGCCACCAAACACCAUGUGGAGUACCUCAAGGAGCUGCUGACCUCAGAAGGGCUGGAGUGUGCCUACAUCUACAGCGCCCUUGAUCCGACUGCCAGAAAGAUCAACAUAGGAAAGUUCGUGCAUCGGAAAGCCAUGGUGCUCAUUGUGACUGAUGUUGCUGCUCGCGGUAUCGACAUCCCAAUGCUGGAUAAUGUCAUCAACUACAACUUCCCCUCCAAGCCCAAACUCUUUCUGCACAGAGUUGGCCGUGUGGGACGUGCUGGCCGCAGUGGUGUAGCCUACAGUAUGAUCUGUCCAGAUGAGAUGCCUUUUGUCUAUGACCUUCACCUCUUCCUUGGGCGGCCUGUUCAGUUCGCCACACCUGAACACACACGAGAUUCAGAGGGCGUGUUUGGUCGGGUCCCCCAGAGUAUCCUGGACGACGAAAGUUCUCACCUGAUCACAGCCCACGAGAACUCCCUGGACCUGCAUAACCUGCACCAUGUCUCCGAGAACGCCUAUAAGCAGUAUCUCAAGUCUCGACCAAACCCGUCACCUGAGUCCAUCAGACGGGUUAAAAGCACAGAUCUGUCCACCAUGGGUGUCCAUCCAUUACUAGGGUCGGGUUUGGAGAAAACAGAACUUGAGCGCCUUCACAUAGUUGACGCCAUCAAAAGCUAUAAAUCCAAAUCAACUAUCUUUGAAAUCAACUCUAACAGUAAGACACAGGCUGGUGAGGUGAUGCGGGCCAAACGCUCCAAGGACACGCGGCUGGUGGACAAAUUCAAAAAACAGAAAGACAGCCUGGCUGCAGAAAGCCGACUGCACCAGCCCGCCAACCCAACCACCAGCGGCGCCACCGAUGACUUCACACAAACAACAGACGAAGAAGAGGACGAUAUGAAGGGGGUGUUCUCUGCAGUGGUAGGUGGGAAGAGAAAAGGCCAGCAGGAAGACGGGGAAGAACGGCAAAAGAGCAAGAGAAGCAGACAGACAGGCAAAGAUGAGGAGUAUUACAUCCCCUACAGACCCAAAGACUUCAACUCUGAGAGAGGGUUGAGUCUGGGAGGAGACGGCAGUGCAUUUGAACAACAGGCCUCCUCAGCGGUCCUGGACCUCAUGGGCGAUGAGGGAGACAAGCUAAAUCAGCACAAAAACAUGAUGAAAUGGGACCGCAAGAGGAAGCGCUUUGUGAAAGAAGCAGGAAAGGAGGACCAGAAGAAGAAGAUCCGACUAGACGGGGGACAGGUGAUCAGUAACAAGAAGAACAAGAAGAACUUUUACGAGGAGUGGAAGAAAAAAUACAAGGUGGAUGACGGGGGAUCUGGCUCAGAUGGAGAAGGAGGAGGAGCACGAGGAGGAAGGAGGCCAGGAGGAGGUGGUGGCCGAGGCCGUGGUCGUGGCCGUGGCCGUGGUCCUAACUUCCAGAGCCCCGUAGGAGUGCAGCAGACGCCCGGCGGUCGCAGAGUGCGCUCGGAGCUGAGGACGAAAGAGCAGAUCCUGAAGCAGCGCAAGAAAAACCAGAAGCACCAGUUCCUGCAGAGCGGAGGCCUGAAGAAUCUCAAGAACAAGAACAAAAAGUGGCUCGGAGAAGUGAAGAGGUCAGGUUUUGGACGGGGCGAUCACAAGAAGGGUAAGAUGAAGAAAAGACUCUGAGGACACAGAGGGAGAACUGUCUCGGAGGGAUGGUGGCUUGAGACUGGAAGAUGAAGACCGUUAUCUUUCCACAACACCGUACAUAACUUCACAGCGUUUUUCAUGGUUGUGGAUUAAAGGAGAAGCUGAGUUGAACUUCACCUUUUUCCAUCAUUGCCUACUGAACCCUAAAUUUGACAGAGUAUGUUAUUACCUGAUCCAGUGAAUUGGAUUUUAUUUGUGUUGGCAGAUUCAUGUUUUUGAGAUAUUUCUACACACAUUAUUAAAUAAUGGGAAAAUACAGAUGUGAAUAAGACAA